CCGCCCGCUGCCGGCGCCGCUCGCCCGCCCGCCUGCUCGCACUCGGUCGCGCCGCGGGGCAGGCAUGGGAGCCGCACGCGGCCUCCCGGCGCCCACACCUGUUUGAACGGCGCGGCGAGCCGCGGCCCGGGCGGGCUGCUCGGCGCGGAGUGGUGCUCAGCAUGGCGGGGAUUCCAGGGCUCCUCCUCCUCCUCCUCCUCCUCCUCUGUGCUGUGGGGCAGGUGAGCCCCUAUGGUGCCCACUGGAAACCCACUUGGCCUGCUUACCGCCUCCCUGUGGUCUUGCCCCAGUCCACCCUCAACUUAGGCAAGCCAGACUUCGGGGCUGAAGCCAAAUUGGAGGUGUCCUCCUCAUGUGGACCCCAGUGUCACAAGGGGACUCCACUGCCCACUUAUGAAGAGGCCAAGCGGUACCUGUCUUAUGAAACGCUCUAUGCCAAUGGCAGCCGCACCGAGACCCAGGUGGGCAUUUAUGUCCUCAGCAGUGGUGGGGGACAAGAGUCUUCAGGAAAGUCUCGGAGGAAGCGGCAGAUUUAUGGCUAUGACAGCAGAUUCAGCAUUUUUGGGAAGGACUUCUUGCUCAACUAUCCCUUCUCAACAUCAGUGAAGUUAUCUACAGGCUGUACGGGCACCCUGGUGGCAGAGAAACAUGUGCUCACAGCUGCCCAUUGCAUACACGAUGGGAAAACUUACGUGAAGGGAACCCAGAAACUUCGAGUGGGCUUCCUGAAGCCCAAGUUUAAAGAUGGUGGCCGAGGAGCCAACGACUCGAGCUCAGCCAUGCCGGAGAAGAUGAAGUUUCAGUGGAUCCGAGUGAAACGCACCCACGUGCCCAAGGGCUGGAUCAAAGGCAAUGCCAACGACAUCGGUAUGGAUUAUGACUAUGCCCUCCUGGAACUGAAAAAACCCCACAAGAGAAAGUUCAUGAAGAUUGGGGUAAGCCCUCCUGCCAAGCAGCUGCCGGGGGGCAGAAUCCACUUCUCUGGUUAUGACAAUGAUCGACCAGGCAAUUUGGUGUACCGCUUCUGUGACGUUAAAGAUGAAACUUAUGACCUGCUCUACCAGCAGUGUGAUGCCCAGCCCGGGGCCAGCGGGUCCGGGGUCUAUGUGAGGAUGUGGAAGCGACAGCAGCAGAAGUGGGAGAGAAAAAUUAUUGGCAUUUUUUCAGGGCACCAGUGGGUAGACAUGAAUGGUUCUCCGCAGGACUUCAACGUGGCUGUUCGAAUCACCCCUCUCAAAUAUGCCCAGAUUUGCUAUUGGAUUAAAGGAAACUACCUGGAUUGUAGGGAGGGGUGACCCAGGGUUCCUUCCUGACGGCACUUAAUGGUCUCCAUGUACUUAUUUUAGGACAGGCCAAAUUUUGUCAUUGGUGUGUGUGUGAGUGUGUGUGUGUGUGUGUGUGUGUGUUUGUGUAAUGUGUCAUAAUUAUCUUUUACCUAAUUUUUAAAAAUUGCAAGAUGACUGGCUUUAUUUGAAAACCGGUUUGUGUAUUAUAUAGCAUUUAAACAGGUUAAAGGCAUUCUUUUGCAUAGAAGUGAAAAAAAAACAUGCUGAUGUUUGGGAUGAUAGGGAAUAUUUAGCAAUUAAGUUAAUCUUUUAAUUUCUGAGAACUUUGAUUUUUAUUUCAUCUGAACUUGUUUCAAAGGUUUAUAUUAAAUAUGUGGCAUAUGGGAGAUAUAAAUUCUUAAAUUCUUAUGUGUGUAUGUAUGUGUAUUUUUUCCUGAGAUUCCUCUUGUAUUUUUUUUUAAUGCCUAAUCAUUAAUGUUUCCAGAUGGCAGUAUUCCCCACCCAUACAACCCUUAGGAAAUUUCACGAUACUUCUUAGACAGGCAGGUAUACUAUUUUUGGAUUUGGAGGCAUUUACACCGUAGUCCUUGACCAGUAAAAUAAUUUGUUAACUAUAUUGGUACACAUCUUAAACUAUAUCUUACAGUAAGUCAGUAUCCCCAGCUGCUUUCAGUGUUGAAAUCAUUCUCUCCUGAAGACUGUUGCUCUGCUUUUGGGGAAGCCUCACAAUGUGGCCCUGUCACCUUUGUGACACAACAGAGUAGGCAAGAUCGUUUAUGCCAAGCCUUCCAUUUCACAGGAUUUUACUCACAUUUCUGAACUAGCUAUUUUCCAGAAGACAAUAAUCGGGGCCUAAUUAGAACAGGCUGUAUCACUUCCCAGCUAACGGUUGUGGUCACACAAAAACAAUCAUUUCAUUUUACCCCUGGAGUAUAGCACAUCUCAUGUUUUAUCAUUUGGAUGGACUGAUUUAAAAUGAAUUAAAUUCCAGAGAACAAUGGACGUAUUGCUUGGCAGAUGUCACAACAGAAUAACCACUUGUUUGGAGCCUGGCACAGUCCUACAACCUAAUCAAAAUUAUUCUACAUAGUUUUCAGUGUGGUUUCAGGGAGCUAUGUACUUGUGCAGCUUGCAAGCUUUCCUCUUUUACUUAUUUUAUAGUAAAAAUACUGGGAUGGCGCUUUAAGAAAAACCCUAUAGGACAUUUUCCCCACUAGCUUUAAAAGGGCCUCUUUUACUGGGAUGCUUUAGGCUACAGGCACAUAUGAUCAAGUACAGUGGCAAAACUGGAAAUUGGGAGAAUGAGAAGCAGAUCAGAAUCACCACUCCAGUCAAUGUCUUUAUGAAUGUCUUAUCAAUAUGAUAAUCACAGUUUCUAAAGCAAAGAAUUUGACUUAUUUUAUGUUUUCAUUUUAUGCAUCUUAGCCUGAGCACAUCUUCUGAAUGGAUCAGUGGAGAAAAAAAAAAGCAAAUGGAUUAUAGGGCAGAUGUUUGCUGGGCUUAUACCUUAGGUAACAGCCUGGCUUGUGACUAUUUGUGAGGACAUUCAGAUACAGCACUGAUGCUUAGAUAUUCUCUGUGUGGCUUUUGGUUUGUGUUUCUUGAGCUUUUCGGAAGAAUAAUCCUGAAAAGACACUGAAGAAAAGUACAGUCAUGGUGCUUUCUUCAAGUCACAAAAGAAAUACUAUGCGUAGCAAAGAGAUGUAGGACCCGCCAGGAUUCUUCUGAGCUCCAGUACAGUUUGCUUUGGAAUCUAGCAGGAAUCUAGCCUGAGGAAGAAGACAGUCUGCAUCCCUAUGUUUGGUAUUUGGGGUGGGGGUGGGGGUUGUUUUUGCUUUUGCUUGGUGUGAAAAGAAGUUCACUGAACACAUAGAACUAAUUAAAAAAAAAAAAAAAAGAUGCUCCUUUUGUAAAGCACCUGAUUUCUUGAUUUUGAUUUUUUGCAAAAUUUUGGAUUUGGAAGCAUUUACACCAUAGCCCUUGACCAGUAAAGUAAUUUGUUAACUAUAUUGGUACACAUCUUAAACUAUAUCUUACAGUAAGUCAGUAUCCCCAGCUGCUUUCAGUGUUGAAAUCAUUUCUCUCCUGAAGCCUGUUGCUCUGCUUUUGGGGAAGCCUCACAAUGUGGCCCUGUCACCUUUGUGACACAACAGAGUAGGCAAGAUCGUUUAUGCCAAGCCUUCCAUUUCACAGGAUUUUACUCACAUUUCUGAACUAGCUAUUUUCCAGAAGACAAUAAUUGGGGCCUCAGCAAGGGUAGGUAAUGGCAGAAAGUCAAAAUAAUAUCAGUGUUUAGUUCACAAACAGGUAUAAUUUACUAAAGAAUAGCACCAUAUGUUCUGUACAACAUAACUCACAGGUGAUAAAAUAACCCUAAAUGCCCAGCUUUUCAGUGGUGACGAGAAGCAUGGUAUCAAACCUUUGUGGAUUUGAAAUAAAAGACAAAGAAAGGACUCUCACGAUAUUAUUAAUAUAAUUAGUGUUUUACAUGUAUUAGUUAUACACUGUAAGGGUAUAUUCCUAGUGAGACGAGUAGAACAACAUUCCUAAAAUGUGUGCCACGAAAACUCAUCCUUCCAGAUUUCCUACCGCAAGCAAAAAGGGCACCAUCAUCAAGGAGGAGGGAGAUGCCUCCCAGUACUCCGUCUCCUUAUCAGGGAUUGCAUUGCCUAUUUGCCCUUUGAACACUCUAAGAAGUCCUGUAGUAAAGAGACCUGUUCAUGUUUUAAAAUCAGCAUGUCAAUAAAGAUCUUCCAUUACUCAA